AUGUCAGAACGAGCAAAUUUCAGWGGUGGCCGUGGUCGAGGCGACCGCGGUGGCCGUGGCAAUGAUCGAGGAGGUCGUGGUGGAGGCAAUGCUGGCGCCGAGAGAAAGAAGGAAAACAUCCUUGAUCUCUCCAAGUACAUGGAAAAGGACAUCAGCGUCAAAUUCAAUGGUGGCAGAGAAGUGACUGGGACGCUCAAAGGAUAUGAUCAGCUCAUGAAUCUGGUUCUGGACAAUGUGAAGGAGAUGACUAGAGAUGAAGAGGGCAACACGAGCUCUCGUUCACUUGGUCUUUUGGUGGUGCGUGGUACUUUGUUGGUCCUCAUUUCUCCACUGGAUGGCAGCGAGGAGAUUGCAAACCCAUUCGUGCAGGCAGAUGAUGACGAUGAGUGA